GUUUUUGUUCGGCUUUGCGAUCAUUACUGCGCACGCCUGUAAAUCGCGUUUAUUUUUAGUCCCGCUCUGGGUCGCCAAAAAUUUUCAUAAACACUCGCCUUGCCCCCUCCGGCCUGCCAGUGUUGGACUGUGUCGCUACUCGCUACGCACGAUACACGAUACACGGUCUACUCGGAUCAAAAGGAUCAGCCGACGACGAGCGACGACUCCGACUCCUCGUUCGAUGUAAACAUACAAGUGAAAGUAAACAUUGUAAACAGAGGCAUGCGAGAGACUCUCGUGACCCGGCUAUUCUAACAUCUCUGCGAGAUCCUUCCACUAAUAAUCAACGGACCAGGUCGUCCAUUGAGUACCUCUAGCACGUACAAAGGAACCGAGAUUCAUCUCCUUGGUUUUUCUAUAAUAUCGAUCGUUUGCGAAACGACAGUUUUUUCAAACGGACGAUCGCACGACGACGACGACAAGCAGCAACUCAUCAGCUUGUUCGUGGUCCUCCUUUCUUUUUUUAUCCCGCGUCUCUUUUGGGAAAUCGAACCGGCGAGUAUUCCCUGAAUCGUCGAGACCCGAAACAAGAGAGAGCGAUAGCCGCUUCGGUGUUCUAAACUUUUGUCCGAGCGAGACGUCAGCUGUUUUCCAGUAGUUUGAUCAAGAAUCUCUGAAAACAAACCCGAAAAGAGAGGAAAAACGGAUAAUUUGCCGAGAAAUUUCUCCGAUCGAGUGAUGUGGAUGCAUGGGUGGUGAACUGCGCAUUUCCAAUCUCUAAGAGAAAAAGAGAAGCGCUCCUCCCUUCGCCCCUUCUUUUUGCCUAGUCGAAAGAUGCACAUCACCUGCAAGUGCCUGAACGUGUCCAUUAGAUCCAGGAGCACCGAACUGCAGCGGCUUAAUAUCGACAAUGUCGAGAUGACUGAUCUGGAGCGCGCCGAUGCCUUCUUUCGCGAGGAUCUAGCCAGUGUAUCGGAAUUGGAGACCAUUACUAAAGAACAACCUGGCUUAGUGGAAAUAAGAAAUAUUGGAUCAUGGAUCAUACAUCGUUGUUAUAAUUGCUCAAUUUAUACCCAUGCUGUUCAUAGAGAACAUGGUGCCGCUUUAGUCCUUAUUAAUAGCAAUAUUGUUUUAUCUCCUGAAGAAAUAAAUAAAUUAAAGUCAAAUCCAGAUUAUAGCUCAGUGUUUAGGAUAGUAAUUAAUCACAAUCUGGAAGAUCUUGAUGACUAUUUACAACAACCUAAUAAAUUUUCCGUUUCACAAUUACCUAACACAAUUCAAGUGGCCCUAGGUGGAUUGCAACAACAGUUGGAGGAAGCUGUACAACGUCAAACAGUAGCAAUAGAAAAUAAAAUAUGUGCGUUUACUGCGGAGCAAUAUCGAUUGUUGGAACAAUUUCGUGAAAGAGCGCACAACGAACAUAGAUUGUUAUCAAAGUUAAUGUGUAGAAGAGAAGAGACAAAUAGAGUAACCAAUGAUAUGGAAACUUCACCAAUAAUUCCUGACAGCUUUAAGAAUAAUUUAACUACCUCUACAACUAAUACAGUUAAUCCCAAAUCCAAUUUAAUAUUUAAUGACAUGAAAGUUUCCACUGAUUCAAACAUUAAACAUGAGAUAACCACUAAACACUCUUCUAAAAGUUCUACUAAUAAUGAAAAUAUAAAAAAGAAAAAUCCAUUGUAUAUUUGUACUAAGGAGUCAGCCAGUUUUGAUACAGAAGUAUUGUUUCCUUUCGAGGGAAUAGAAGAUACAGAUGCAGCUAAUCAAUUACAUCAGUGGUCUUCGGAAGAAGGAUCCGAUACCGAUGAUUCGAGCCAAAAUGAAGGAAUUCAUAUGCCAAGAAGUCAACGAGAUGGUCAUUCCACCUUAGCUAAAUCACUACCAGUUACUGUACCUGCUUUUCCAUCUAUUGUUCGUCGUGCGGUACAAGACCAAAAUGAUGAUCAGUUGCCAACCGAUCCAUUAGAUCCGCACAAUAUUCGAGCUUCAAUUAAAGCCUUAGCUAAAAGUGUCCAUGGGGAUACAGUGUUUGGAGAUUUGCCACGUCCCAGAUUUUCUACUCAGAUCUGACUUGUCAUAUAUGAUGAAAAAGAUCCACUCGACACUUUUUAGUGUUUUUGAUACAAUAUAUCAUAGUCCCUAUCAUCCGUCAUUUGUCUUUCAUACAAAAAUUACAAGAGGUUUAUGUAUACACACUUGGAAUAAAUGUGAUUGGUUCUGCAAAAA